UGGACGUCUUCAGAAUCAUCCUCUCAAGCAACCUGAAGGGAGCAACAGAGAAACAUCAAAGGACCUGAACCAUGUCUCACCCGUCCUGGUUGCCACCGAAGAGUACCAAUGACCCUGUUGGCCACGUUCCUGCAAGGAUGGAGACCACACAUGCCUUUGGGACCCCCAGCAUCUCGGUGUCCACCCAGCAGACACCAAAGAAAUUUGCGCCUGUCGUUGCUCCCAAGCCAAAGUACAACCCGUACAAGCAACCAGGAGGUGAUGGGGAUUUCCUUCCGCCACCUCCUCCUCCUGUUGAUGAUCUCAGGAAUAUGCCAGCGCCACCAGGUGCCUUCCCUCCACCACCCCCUCUGGAUGACGUUUCUUUCAACGUGCAGCAAGUGAAUCCUGGUGGCAAGACCCUCGAGGAGAGACGGUCCAGUUUAGAUGCAGAGAUCGACUCUCUGACCAGCAUCCUGGCGGACUUGGAGAGCAGCUCUCCUUACAAGCCUCGGACUCAGGGCUCGGGGACCACGAGCAGCAUCCCUGCCACCACUCCGUCAGUGUCAACGCCUGUCACCAGCCACAAGAGGAUGACUAUUCCCAACCAGCCUCCCCUCACCGCCACCAAGAAAUCCACGGCCAAGGGCCCCGGGCAGCCGGCUCCCAUCCCGGUGACUCCCAUCGGCACCCUGAAGCCGCAGCCGGUUCCCGCCUCGUACACCACCGCUUCCACUCCCAGCCGCCCGGCCUUCAACGUGCAGGUGAAGACGGCCCAGCCCAGCCCUCACUACCAGCCGCCGGGGCCGCAGCCCGGCCCGUAYGGCGGCCCGGGGCCGAGCCAGGCGUACGGCACCGCGCGCCAGCCGCCCGCCGCGCCGCACUACGUCCCCGCGCAGCCCCGCGCGCCCGACUACGGCUACGGCGCACGGCCCGCGGAGCCCGGCUAUGGCUACGCGCCCCCGGGCCGCUACCAGGAGCCCUACUAYGGGGGCUACGGCGGGAGGAACGGCUCGGAGCCACCCUACGGGCCCCAGAACACCUGGAAGCCCGAGGCAGCCUAUGCCGCCGGCAACAGCAUGGGCCAGCCUCCUCCUGCCCUCUACCAGCCGCCUGGCCCCAAGAAGACCUACAUCACUGACCCCGUGUUGGCUCCGCAGCCACCUGCUCUGCACAAGAGUGGGUAUCCAAGYUCUGGGCCUACAUCAAGCACUCCUGCCUUCAGGCCUGAGGAUGAACUGGAACAUCUGACCAAGAAAAUGCUCUAUGACAUGGAGAACCCUCCCUCCGAUGACUACUUUGGUCGCUGUGCCCGCUGUGGGGAGAAUGUGGUUGGGGAAGGUACGGGCUGUACGGCGAUGGACCAGGUCUUCCACGUGGAGUGCUUCACCUGCAUGAUAUGCAACAACAAGCUGAGGGGACAGCCUUUCUAUGCGGUGGAGAAGAAGGCCUACUGCGAGUCCUGCUAUAUCAACACGUUGGAGCAAUGCAGCGUCUGCGCGAAGCCCAUCAUGGAGAGAAUACUGCGAGCUACUGGGAAGGCCUAUCAUCCCCACUGCUUCACCUGUGUGAUGUGCCAUCGCAGCCUGGAUGGGAUCCCCUUCACYGUGGAUGCCGGUGGGAACAUCCACUGCAUCGAGGAUUUCCACAAGAAAUUUGCACCGAGAUGUUCAGUGUGUAAGGAGCCUAUCAUGCCAGCCCCAGGACAAGAGGAGACUGUACGCAUUGUUGCCUUGGAUCGGGACUUCCAUGUCCAGUGCUACCGGUGUGAGGACUGCGGUGGCCUCCUGUCUGAAGGGGACAAUCAGGGCUGUUACCCUCUGGAUGGACACAUCCUUUGCAAGACCUGCAACUCAGCUCGGAUCCAGGCUCUUACUGCUAAGGCCAGCACUGAUCUCUGAGUAUCAACUGGGACCCUCCCCAUUCUGCCUGUUGGGAGAAUUGCACAAGCUUUGCAUGAUUUCUUUCCAGCCUAGGGCCUAAGUCUUUGUUUAAAUUUUUUUUUAGAAAAAAAGGUAAAACUGGAAGGUUUUGAAGCAAGAGGGCAGUUUGAAAGGCCGCGUUCAGAUCGCUUGUGAUAGGCACCUAAUUUUGAUGUGACUAUUUACAUAAGUGGUGAGUCAGACCACCUGCUAUCUCUGCAUUUAAAGGAAGGAAGGGGUCACAGCACUAAAGUUAGGUGCCUAUGGAAGGAGGUCUGAACACAGUCCUAAUGAUAUUUCUGAAAAGAUGUUUGAUUCCUGACUCCUAAGAGGCACGUGAUGGUGUCUGAGCUAGCUUCAUCUCCCAGGUUCUCUUGAGAACCUGGCCCAGUUCUCUCUGAAGUUUUAGGGACCUUCCCAUAAACUUCAAUGGGAACUGGAUGAUCAGCAGAAGUAACUCCACUGUAACAGAAGAUGUAAAGCCAGGGUGAGAGGAGAACCACAUCUCUCAUCACUACCAAAAUCAUGCAACUUCAAACACACCUAAGAGUGUUGAUGUGAUCUCAUAUCUUUAGAACACAGAUUUGUUAUCUACAUAUUUUUCUUAGGCCCUUUCUU